AGAAAGGGAAUCCAAAAGUUCUGAAGCAGAAUGAGCCACACCCAACCGACGGCGGCAGUUUCCAAAAGGAAAUCCCUUACCUUAUCCGGUAUAAGCAGACGUACGGACAGCCAGCCGUGUGAGGGCAGCAAUGGCUUCCAUCGCCUUCUCCUCCCUGCUGCUCCUCCUGCUCCUCUCCGCCGCCCAUGGCGCAGCGGCAGCCAGCUUCACGAGGAGCGACUUCCCGCGGGAGUUCGUAUUCGGAGCCGCCACCUCCGCGUACCAGCCUACCAGUACGAGGGCGCCGUGGCUGAGGACGGCAGGAGCCCAAGCAUCUGGGACACCUUCACUCACGCUGGGAAAAUGGCGGAUAAAAGCACAGGUGAUGUCGCUGCCGACGGGUACCACAAGUACAAGGAUGAUGUGAAUCUCAUGGCUGACACGAACCUAGAGGCUUAUAGAUUAUCCAUCUCCUGGUCAAGGCUUAUCCCAUAUGGGAGGGGGGCUGUCAAUCCAAAAGGUCUAGAGUACUACAACAACCUUAUAGAUGAGCUAGUGCAACGCGGAAUUCAAGUCCAUAUUAUGCUUCUCCAGCUUGAUUUCCCACAAGUGCUGGAAGAUGAGUAUGGAGGAUGGUUAAGCCCUAGAAUUGUGGAGGAUUUCACAGCAUUCGCAGAUAUUUGCUUUAGGGAGUUUGGAGACAGGGUCACACACUGGACUAUGAUAGACGAACCUAAUAUUGGUGCGAUCGGAUCUUACGAUACCGGAUUGAUCGCACCUGGACAUUGCUCCGAUCCUUUUGGAGUAACAAAAUGUAGCGUGGGUGACUCAACUGUGGAACCAUAUAUAGCAGUGCAUAACAUGCUAUUGGCGCAUGCAUCAGCUGCUAGACUUUACAGAGAAAAAUAUCAAGUGAGUAAUCUUUAGCCCCAAAUUAGAAGCAGCACCUUUCCGCCUACACAUUUCUUCAUUUUUGUGGAAAUAAUAAGCUAUAUAGAUUGAUAUUGCCAUCUGAGAUGGUCAAUUCAGAAACAUCAAUAUUGUCCAGCUAUAUAUCUUCCGAAAAGAAAUUUUUUAGGA